AUGAACGCAGUGCUCGAGUGUGAGCAGGAAACCUGUAAUUGUAUUUUCUUGUUUUUUAUGUUGUGUUGUUAUCAGAUUAAUUCAGGUUCUGCGAUGCAUCUUGGUCCGUUAUCAAGCUAUAUUUACUCAACAAACGCCUCAAGUACUAACCGAGCAAAGGUUAUCAGCCUUUCACUUAUUCUUCUCGCUGUCAUCAUGAAGACUGCUGACGCUGGUGAUGAAGAGGAAUCCACGAUCGACUCGACGUCAUGGCCUAUCAACCGACUCAGCUACAUCGAGUUAAGCUUACAAGACACUGCAGCAAUCGAGAAACUUUUCACAGGUCGCAGUGACACUCCAUUGCUGAUGAAGUGGGUGAUGUUACACAAGUCUGGAUCCAAGUUCCGUCCAAGACUAUUGGUGAUCUCGGCAUUGCGUUUGUGGGUUUUGAAGCACAAGAAAACGUUUAGCAAAGCGCUUUCUCUCCGUCGAGAGUUUCAACUGAUGCACGUGCAGAAGCUCACUGCACUUCGACCAGACCCUGCUUCAUCGACACCGGACAACUCUUCUACGAUCUCCAUUCGACUAGUUAUUCUACCAAAGCAGGGGGCUGGAAGCGAAGCCUCCGUGAUGCUACAUUUUGACCCAGGGGUACACACCGAGAACGUCGUACGACUUCUGCAACGAUUACUGUACGCACUUCGACUUACCUUUCCGCAACAGAAAAUGCCACCAGUGACGCUCCCGCCUGACUGUCACUGGCACGAGUUUUUCCCGGACGAAAGUGAUGUUACACAAUCACAAGACCAAAAUCAGAACGAAGAGAAGACUGCAGACUCCACCAGCCAAAACUCGACUUUUGCUGCUAUGGCGUCGGCUUAUCAUGCUUUUUGCGACGAUCUGGGCGUUCGCUUUCGCGAUAGUGUACCAGUUCGUAUCGAAGAAUGUGCUACCACGACUGGAUGCAUGGAUUUCCAGUAUUGUCUCGGCUUCCCGCCUGGCGUUGACGGCUACCACCAGGACCUCUCAGCGACUCCAUUUCACUCUUUUGCUCGCUCUAUUGUGGACGCAUGCUUUCCGUCUUCCUCCCGUUCAGUGACUAAUUUCCAGUCCAAAGAGAUUCAAGCUCUUGCACGGACGCUUGAACGCUCGAGUUACUUUACCGAUAUCAUCAUAAGUGACCUAGCAAUGGGUCAAGCAAGCUUGACUACGCUGUUCCAGGCUCUGCUCUCGCCACAAUGUACAAUCGAAGGCUUCACUCUGACCAACGUACAGCUAUCAGUUCGAGCGUUGCGUAUCCUCCAACAAGUUGUGCUUCAAUCCACGAUGCGACAGAAUGGAAACGAGAUGAAGAUGAAGCUCCGGCGUCUAGAUUUCUCCUUCAACCGGUUUACAGUUACGAUGGCGGCUGAACUAGCCACAAUUCUGCAAUUACUACCGAAUGCUCUGGAGCUUCUGCAGCUUGAAAGGUGCGGCUUAACAACUAUAUCCUGUUGUCGAGUACUCGAAGCAUUGACGACUAGCACAGCGUUUUCGGCUUCGUUAUUAGAGCUGAACGUCGCGGGGAACCAUCUCGGUCUGGAAGGCACGAAAACUCUGGCUACCUGGAUCACGGGGACGUUUGCUCUCCAACGACUCGAUGUUUCUCGAACUCAGCUCGACAUUAAUAUCUUCGUUCAAGCUCUUAAACAGAACACUUUACUCCAUGAGUCAUCGCUUCUACAGCUUGAUCUGUCGUACAACCAGAUGCGAACACAAGCAAGUGAAGAUCUCGGCGUCAUUUUGGGUAAAUCUCAAAGUCUUGCUACGAUAUUCCUGCGUGGCAUGAAGCGCUAUCGUCAUUUCCACAAAUUCUUACCUCCACAGCUACAAAAGGAAGGCACGCUUCUAGCUCUCUCUGAAGCUGCUGUGGUGGCACAUACAGCAGCUGCACGAAGGAACGGAGGCACAGUGCAUCGUGCCGAUGGUCUUCGUAAACAUUUUUUGCGUAACAUUUUAGCACCAAUGUUCGCGAAUACUGAUCGAAGUUGGGCUUGUAUGGUGGAUCUAAGUGAUAACGACUUGAGUGGCCAUCGAGCUGAAGUGUUGGCUCAACUUCUGGAUGAAUCACCAUGGGCUACUCGAACAUCAUUACGGCUAGAUCACACGUGUCUUCACGAUAAAUCGGCUCUGUUGCUGCUCCACUCGAUUCGAGGGUGUAAGACUCUGGACUCGUUGAGUCUGGAAGGAAAUGGCUUUGUCAAACGUGAAGCACAUCGGAAAUGCCAACGGCAGAAUGAAAAGUGCUAUAGUGACGGCGUGGCGCCGUCGGAACCGAGUGUGAUUGAACAGGCAGGUGCGAAUGCCUUAGCUCUGUUACUCGGGGGUGCGUUGGACUGCAACGACAACCAGAUACAGAGUUGGUUGGGAGCGAAUGACGCUGGAGUUGUGACUGCAUCUUUCUUCGCGCACUCAUCGGCCGCGAAGCCUCUGCGUCUGAAGGAAUUGUGUUUGAAAUGUGAUGGUUCUUAUGUUUUCGGUACACACAUUAUAACGGCAGCAGUCCAAGCAUUAGCCAAGCCACACGCAUACCUACAGAUGCUUGACGUUACUGGCAACGAAUGUGGAGACGCAUUGGCUCAGGUUCUCGGUGCCGUAUUGCCUAAGAACAAGAGUCUGCAGGCCUUGUUCUGGGACGGGAACUGCAUCACAGUCGAUGGGUUUCUCCAAUUCUACGACGGUCUCUUGAAAAACCAUACGUUGGUCAUGGUACAAAUGCCGAUCCAAGAUACCCGACGGAUUUUGGAGGAGCAGAAAGACCCACCACGCGAGAAGCUUUUCAGUAUCUUGGGGAAAAUCUUCAAAGCCACAGAACGAAACCAAAUUUUGGCAAGGGAAACCAAGGAGCGGAAAGCUGAAGAACGUAGUUCUCGAGCACAGACAGGUGAUGAACAAGACGUAAAUGUUCACCCGAAACCAGACCAGAAACCGGAGAUCGAUAAGCCAACGGCAAAGGAGGAGGAUCCCGCCGAUGUUGAUAUUAGCCUCGACCUCCAGUCAGCAGGAUUAGCGCUGGAGAGGUGCCAUACUCCCAAGCUGGCCAAAUUUGAGGAAGCAAAAGAAGAAGACGACCGAGAUCACUCCGCUCGCAAGAGCUAUUCCAGACCGACAAGCGCUCGAUAUCCUUCAACAAUGCAGUCUUGGAGCAUGCAAAGCAGCACCGACGAUUUCCGUACGCAGCUCAGUAAGCUGGACUCGUUGACUGCUUCGCUCUCGAGGGCGUCGACACACGUGUAA